AUGGCGGAGGCUCUUGUCGGGCAGCUGGUGGUCACGCUCGGGGCCGUGCUGGCCAAAGAGGCAGCCAUCUUCGGCUGCUCACUGUUCGGCAUGGAAGCGGCCGCCCUCAGGGGCCUCUUCGGCAAGAUCCGCCUAUCCAAGGCGGAGCUGGAGGGCAUGCAGGCCUACCUGCAGGAUGCGGAGCGGUUCAACGACGCCAACAAGACCACCGCCAUCUUUCUCGGCGAGAUCAGGUGCCUCGCCUUCCAGAUCGAGGACGUCGUCGACGAGUUCACCUACAAGCUGGAGGACAACAGGCAAGGAGGGUUCGCUGGCAAGAUGAAGAAGAGGCUCAAGCAUAUCAAAACCUGGCACCGCCUGGCAGACAAGCUCCAAGAAAUGAAAGGGAAGCUGCAAGAUGCCAAACCGAGGAAGAAGGAUUAUGCAGUCAUUGUUGGGAUAGGCAGAUCUGCCUCUAAAUUGGAAAAUCAAGCUUUGCACUUCACCAGGGACAAGGACAUUGUGGGGAUCCCAGAGAACAAGGAGAGGUUGAUAGGGUGGCUGACCGGCAACCGUGGUGAUGGUCUGGAGCAGAGUAGCAGCAAAGUCACCAUGGUAUGGGGGAUGCCUGGUGUAGGUAAAACCACUCUGGUUGCUCAUGUGUACAGAACCUUGAAAGUGGACUUCGAAGCUGCGGCUUGGGUAACUGUGUCGGAGAGUUACCGUCUUGAAGACCUGCGUAAGAAGAUCGCAGUCAACAUCGGCAACACUGAGAUGAGAAGCCUAGCAGAGUCCAUCCACAACUACUUUCAAGGGAAAAAGUUCAUCAUGGUCCUGGAUGAUGUUUGGAUUAUGCGCAUGUGGUCGGAGAUAAGGAAUGUCUUCCCAACUUCUAACUGUACCGGCCGAUUUCUUAUCACAUCAAGAAAUCAUGAAGUGUCAUUAUUGGCAACUAGGGAGUGUGCAAUUCACUUGAAACCGCUACAAUCACAUAAUUCCUGGGAGUUAUUUGUAGUUUGGCAUUGUGACACAAGCUUUGCUGUGCCUGCAUGUACGUCCGUGUAA